AUGGCAAUAACCGAAGAAGUUCUUCGCCAUCAAGCUCAAGGAGAUCUCAAUAAUCAUAUUUCUUCGGCUCAAACAACAUUUGCUCUGAUUUUACUUGCUAUCCGACAGACUAUGGCUGGGAAUCAAUAUAUUUCAGCUUUGGGAACCAACUUUUAUCUUCGUUAUCCACCGUCGACUUUCGGAAAUUGGGAUCACCCAAAAAUGUUACCAGUAGUAUUCGAAAAUUGCUCGUGUUUGUCUAUUUCCGGUUGUCCACGUCCAGCUCUUAUCAAAGACAGCCGAGAUCAAUUAGUAGUAGUUCCAGGAAUGAUAGUUGAUUGUUAUGUUGUUGAUUCAACUUCAACUGUAUGUGGAGCAGCUCGUGAAGUAGCUACAGCUGGUAUCAAUGAAACGUUACGAAGUGGUACUUAUCAGCAGUAA